UUUUCCGAGUUAGCGUGUUAUUGGUACUAUUGACAGCAUGUUGUAAGGCGACUAAAAUCUUUAAAUGUCUUUUGGGCCUUCGUUGCAUAAAAAAACCGGAUCAAUAUAAAUAAAUCUGUAGAUGCUAUUACUACUGAAAACUCUUUUAUAGUGAAAUUUACAUUGGGAAAAACUGUUAAUUAUGAUGACGGAAAAAAUAUCUUCUGGCCACACUAAUUUAUCAAACAAGGGCAUAAUAAAUGACCAGAAAAUCCUUGCCAACAUCAGUGACGAUAUGGGCUGGAAAUCGAAGCUAAAACUACCCCCAAAGGAUAACCGAUUUAAAACAACAGAUGUGACCGAUACACGUGGAAAUGAAUUUGAAGAAUUUUGCCUUAAAAGAGAAUUACUUAUGGGUAUUUUCGAAAAAGGAUGGGAGCGUCCCUCUCCCAUUCAAGAGGCUGCUAUACCUAUUGCUCUGAGUGGAAAAGAUGUACUAGCUCGAGCCAAAAAUGGAACUGGUAAAACUGGAGCUUAUUGUAUUCCGGUUUUAGAGCAAAUAGACCCAACGAAAGACUAUAUCCAAGCAUUAGUGAUGGUUCCUACACGAGAACUGGCCUUACAAACUUCACAGAUAUGCAUUGAACUAGCAAAGCAUCUUGAUAUACGAGUAAUGGUCACCACUGGAGGUACCAUUCUAAAAGACGAUAUUCUUCGUAUAUAUCAAAAAGUACAAUUAAUUAUUGCGACCCCUGGACGAAUAUUGGAUUUGAUGGAUAAGAAAGUUGCUGAUAUGUCGCAUUGCAGGAUAUUAGUUUUGGAUGAAGCCGAUAAACUACUGUCGCUUGAUUUUCAAGGCAUGCUGGAUCAUGUUAUAUUAAAAUUGCCAAAGGAUCCACAGAUACUGCUAUUUUCUGCAACAUUUCCACUGACUGUGAAAAAUUUUAUGGAGAAGCAUUUACGCGAGCCAUACGAAAUAAACCUUAUGGAGGAACUGACGUUAAAAGGUGUCACUCAGUACUAUGCAUUUGUACAAGAACGUCAAAAAGUACACUGCUUAAACACGUUAUUUUCAAAGUUGCAAAUUAACCAAUCUAUAAUAUUUUGCAAUUCUACGCAACGUGUCGAGUUAUUAGCUAAAAAAAUUACAGAGCUUGGCUAUUGUUGCUAUUAUAUACAUGCAAAAAUGGCGCAAGCACAUAGAAACAGAGUGUUUCAUGACUUUCGUCAAGGUCUCUGUAGGAAUUUAGUUUGCUCUGAUUUAUUUACUCGAGGAAUUGAUGUACAGGCCGUUAAUGUUGUAAUUAAUUUUGAUUUUCCUCGAAUGGCUGAGACAUACUUGCAUCGUAUUGGGCGUUCUGGACGAUUCGGUCAUUUGGGAAUUGCUAUAAAUCUAAUAACUUACGAGGAUCGCUUUGAUCUUCAUCGGAUUGAAAAGGAACUUGGUACCGAAAUAAAACCCAUACCGAAGGUAAUCGACCCUGCAUUAUAUGUCGCAAAUGUUAGCGGAUCGUCUGGAGAAAUUUGCAACAACAGUGAUCUUAAUACUUCUGCAAACGAGGAAGGCAAUGUUAGCAAAUAGAAUUCAGAUAAAAUUGUAAUUGUAGGUUUUUUAGUAGAAUAUAAUACAUGAAAUCAAUAAAGAGAAUGAAAUAUUUCGGAAAACUAACAA